CAGGAGGCCUCGGGCCCAAUAAAUGAGGCACAGGAGCAAAGCUUCAACCAGGUCAUUCGAGCAAGGACAAGGGAUGCUGCAGAUUGGGCUGAGUUAUACCAGCCCCACUGGGGCCCCCAGAGCAGAUGUCCCUCUGGACAAAGCAAGGGCAAGGAAAACAGCAAACACCCUGAUGGGUGAGCUAAAGGAAGGCAACCUGGAGACCACACAAGAGACCACCGAUCUAUCUAAGGCCUCCUUGCAAAUCCCUUCGGUAGUUGCGAUGGACAUGGACGCAGCCUCCUGCUUACGCUGUAGCGAAUUUGUGGACCAGAACAAGAUGCCCAAGCUGAACGAGCAGCAGGACAGUCAGGAGCACCUGUUUGGCAAGUCUAUGAAGGAGCUCAAAAAGCUGGCGAGGGAAGGGCGCUGGGCAGGAAGUCACGCUCUGAGGGCGCAGGCUUAUCAGCAUGUAAUCCAGCACAUACCGUGCAGGCUCAUGACCCCUGACGCCGAAGUCUACAGAGAUGUUGCCAGCAAGCUGUUUGAAGCCCCGAACGAGAGCUUCGACCCAUUACCUGAAUUCCUGGAAGGAAGCAUCAUGCCCGAAUACUGCCUCUCUGAAGAAGGGGUAAUUGCAGUGAAAAGGAUACUCAUCUGCAUUUCCAGCUUGUACCCCGACAUCACCUACUGCCCCCUGCUUCCCGCUGUGACUGCCCUGAUGCUCCAUUACAGCCAAGGCGAGGCCCAGUGCUUUGAGGACACUUGCCGGCUCCUCUACUGCAAUGCUCCCCACACCUCCUACAUUGACCACUCCUUCCUCACCCACGAGGCUUCGUGCAUGACCUUUGGGGACCUGGCCAACAAACACUGCCCAGCUGCCCACCGCCUGAUAGCGAGCUCAUCGGACAACAUCUUUGAGGUGUAUUCUGACUGGCUGGUCUGGCUUUUCGAUGGCCUCCCGUUCGAUUAUGUCAUCCGCAUUUUUGACGUGUACCUUCUGGAGGGGCAGAAAGUCCUCUACCGGAUCGCGCUGGCCCUGCUCAAGCAGUUCCAGCUGUCUGUGGCUUCACAAGGCUUGGAUGUGGUAGAUAUCAAAGGGAGCUUGUGGGGUUUCAUGCGGGGCAUUCGUGAGCAUAUGACCACCGACAAGCUUCUGGAAAAGGCGUUCAGCAUCCGGCUUUUCUCCCGCAAAGAAAUCUGGCUCCUUCAAAUGGCUAACAGGAAGGCAUUAGUGGAGAAAGGAGUGACCGCAGUGCAGCACAGGCAACCAUUUCACCUCACUGUGAAUGCCCACAAUUUCUCUUCCACCAUUGUUACUGCUCAGGAAAUGCGUGUUGUCUGGUCCUGGAUCCCUGAACGAUUUUCUUUGUUCUCACCUGUUCAGAUAUUCUCAACUUCGGAAAAUGGAUACAGCUUGCAGAGGUUUUAUUCCUGCUGUGAAGGCUACGAACCAACGGUACUGCUGUUAAAAACCACACUGGGGGAAGUGUGUGGAGCAUUUCUGUCCUCCGACUGGAGCGAAAGGAAAAAAAGUGGGGGGACAUCAAGUUUCUUUGGCACAGGAGAAUGCUUUGUUUUCACAGUACACCCAGAAAUGGAGCGAUAUGAGUGGGUGUUCAUCAAGAAGCCUGAACAAGCUAAAGCUCUGCCUCGAUCCCCACGCCCGCGCUCUCCGUCUCCCUUCUCUUCCGAGGGUCACUCAACAACCAGCUCAAACCACCUCACUGUGCCAGUGCUGGACAUGAUUAAAUACCGCCUCUCUCCAUUCCUGGCAAUUCGACACUUCAAGCUGCCUUCCAAAACAGCCUCCAUGUUCAUGUCUGGAACUCAGAAAGAGAUCAUCAUAGGUGGUGGAGGAGGCCAAGCUCUGUUUAUUGACGCUGAUCUGCAUCAUGGGAGAACGGAGCACUGCGAAACAUUUGACAACCCUCCUCUCUGCCAAGAAAACUUCCAGGUGCAGCUUCUAGAAGUCUGGGGCUUUCAAAACUCCUGAUAGUGCCAAUGAGGUGCAAUAUUUCAGGCUGACAUUCGUCUCCACAGCACUGGGCAUGACAACUGGUAGUGAAAGAAAUGACACAAGGUGGUAUAUGGAGAUGUCAGGAGCAGAACAUUUUCACACAUUUUGGAAACUGUCCACUAAUGCAAGACUUUUGGCACUAUACUUUCUAGUGAACAAUACGAACAAAGGGAAAUAGUCCCAACCAACUAUAAAUAAGCUGAGGGGAAAUGGGAUAAAAAUGUGAAUAAACUGAUGUAGUAGCUAUAGUACAGUAGUACCUUGGGUUACAGACGCUUCAGGUUACAGACGCUUCAGGUUACAGACUCCGCUAACCCAGAGAUAUUACCUCAGGUUAAGAACUUUGCUUCAGGAUGAGAACCGAAAUGGCACGGCAGCAGUGGGAGGCCCCAUUAGCUAAAGUGGAGUCUCAGGUUAAGAACAUUUUCAGGUUAAAAACGGACCUCCAGAACGAAUUAAGUUCUUAACCCGAGGUACUACUGUAUAUGAAAAGUAUUUUAAUAAGAUGGAAUACCAGCUAAAACGGGGGUCGGCAACCUAAGGCCCAUGAGCCACAAGCAGCCCACAGGGGUCAUUUAACCAGCCCACGAGCUGCCCCUGAACUGAGCUGUCUGCUUGGCAAGCCCCUGCGUGCUGUGCUAAACUGGCACAGUGUGGCGACUCGCUUCCGCAGCGCCAAAAAUCGCAUCAGUGCAUGCAGAGAUGCUGAAAAUUGCAGGUGCAUGCACUAUCCGCCCACGGAGGGAUCUCUGCUGGAGUGAACUGGCCCAGGUGAGGUAAACCUUGCUGACCCCUGAGCUAAAACCAAUGUAUGUCUCUAAGGCUUUCUGGUGAUAAUAAUAAAAUAUAUUAUUUUACCACAGCGAUGAGAAACCUGUGACCCUCCAACCUGUUGUUGGGCUCCAUCUCCUGCAACCACGACCACUGGCUAUGUUGUUAGGGCUGAUGGGAGCUGGGAGGCCACAUCUUCCCAACCUCUGCUUUUGUCAUUUGCUCUGAAAACUGUUCUACUUAGAUGUUUGAAAGGUUUAAUUUUAAUGAAGAUACAGAAGCGAUCACAUUCUGCUCACUUUUAUUAGACAAAACGAAUGGAAAUUUCCAAGAAGUCCUUUUAUAUUGGAUUGUUUGGGGCAAAGAUAGAUGGUAGCUUAAUAAUAAUAAUAAUGUCAUAUACUAGAGCAAA